UCGCGACCGCCUGGGAGGGUGGUAUGCUCUUCCUGUUUUAUGAUUAAACGCGAUUCGGUGUGAUUGUGUUUUGUUUAGUGCUUCACGAUGGCUUACAACGGUAGUGGUGGCAAGAGACUGUGUACAGGGACUGAACUCGACGUAGAAAGGAGUAAUGGUAAUAACUACAUGGCCGGCGAGCCGCGACGGAAGCGGGAGCCGCCGGCGCGGCCCAACCACAUACUGCUGUACACCAUCAUCAACCCGGCCUACCCCAUCACUGUGGACGUGAUUCACACAAUCAGCACACCACACGGACAAGUACAAAGGAUCGUCGUGUUCAAGAAAAAUGGUGUACAAGCUAUGGUUGAAUUUGAAACGGUGGAGUCGGCGACGCGAGCGAAGGAGGCCCUACACGGCUGCGACAUAUACUCGGGAUGCUGUACACUCAAAAUUGAAUUCGCAAAGCCUGAAAGAUUGAACGUGUUCAAAAAUGACCAAGACAGCUGGGACUACACAUUGUCAGAAGACAUGCCGGUCCAGAGAAGCGCUCCGUUACUCCAGUCGCCACAGUUCACAGGAGGAAGGCCGCAGCCCUACAACAUGGAUUAUGGUAGCGGAGGACCCCCGCCCCCAGGUAUGAAGAUGGAGAGACACGGGCCUCCGCCACCUCAUCAUCCGCGAGACGGACGUGGUUACGGUCCAGAGGGUUACGGGGGGGAAGGGUUCGUGCCUCCCCCGCCUAUGCACCAUCCGCCCAUGCCGCCACAGAAUCAGGGCGGUCCACCGCAACAAGGCGCCGUCAUGAUGGUGUACGGGCUGGACCCUCAGACAGCGAACGCGGAUAGACUCUUCAACUUGUGUUGUCUCUACGGCAAUGUCGUUAGAAUAAAGUUUUUGAAGACGAAAGAGGGCACGGCCAUGGUGCAAAUGGGCGACGCGGUGUCAGUGGAAAGGUGCGUUCAGAACUUGAACAACGUCACGGUCGGAGACUACACUUUGACUUUAGCAUUUUCUAAACAAGCAUAUCUAUCGGAAGUCAUGAAUCCGUACCCACUACCCGACAAGAGCCCGUCGUUCAAGGAUUACGUGGGGAACAAAAACAAUCGCUUUCUCACACCCGCAUCCAUACACAAGAACAGAAUACAGCCCCCUUGCAAGGUGCUGCAUUUCUUCAACACGCCGCCGGACGUGUCGGACGAGCAGCUGCUGUCGGUGUUCAAGGACUACGGCGUCACGCCGCCACACACCAUCUCCAAGUUCCCACUCAAGAGCGAACGAUCGUCUUCGGGCCUGAUGGAGUUCCAGAAUAUAUCUCAAUCCGUCAUGGCGAUAAUGGCAUGCAACCACGCGACCAUACAACACCCAGGUGCAAAAUUCCCGUUCGUUAUGAAGCUGUGUUUCUCGUCGACGCGGCAGAUCGGCAAGGGGCCGCAGAACAAGUCCGACAACAACAGACAGCAGCAAAACAACGGGCUAUCCGUCGAAUACUACUAACGGCGAAGCGGCGGAGCACACUCACUCACACAUAUCAAGAUGGCGGCAACACACACACACACAGCCACACCACGGGCGCGGGGAGGGAGGGGCUGCCAUUGCAAAAAAGAAAAAAAAACAUACAACACAGUCCAAAAACAAGAUAACUUAAAUAAAUACAACCCCUCUAGUUAUUUUUCUAGCAAUGGCAUCAAAUUAAUAAUUCCUUAUUUUACAAUUCCGUGAUCUAGAUCACUCUAUAAAGACAUUAACAGUUAGUUAUUUUAAUAUUAAUAUAGACACGGUUACAAGGUUUUUUUUUUUCAUGUUUUAACACAUUUUACAGUACCAUUUUUUUUUUCGUUUUAUUUUUUCUCUAGGAGCUUUGCUCUCAGGAAUGCGCAUUUUGUUUUUUUUUCUAAAUAGUGUCUUAGUUGUUAAGUAAUAUUCCCAUAUUAUUUCUGUGAAUUUGUAGGUGUUUAGACUUCGGUGCCAUUUUCAAAAUAGCAAUACUUUUUUUAGUCGUACUUAUGACAAAAUAUUAAUUACAAUCACUUGCAAAUUGGCAUGUUUUGAAUAUGGCACUAACUUAUUGACUUCCUUACCUUUUUAGUAAAUUGGUAAUAGUUUGUGAGUUCGUGUUAAGGUAUAAUUAUUUUUUCGUUUCUCCAUUAGUACAUUCACACAUGUUGUUUUUAUAUAUAAAAAUGUAAUGACGUGUGCGCGUCUGUUAUCCGAUAAAUCGGUUGUUUGUAAUCGUAAAAGUUGUGAAUUGUACAAGAAAUAAAGAACUGUGGUUUUAAGGUAGAACAUUUUGAGUUUCAUUUUAUUUUGACACCGUGCUUGGAGUGUGCAUGUUAUUUUUUUCUGCAUGCCUUUAAGAAAUAGAUACAGUUAUUAAUUUGACCAUUCAUUGUAAGAACCAAAAAUGUCUAAUUGUAAGAAAUAGCGUAGCACUUUCUAGGGUAGUAGUAAGCGUCAUUGCAAUGUCAAUUAUAUUCGAUUAGUGAAAAUAUGACAGUACGGAUUUUCUAUAAAUUUUUCUUAAAAUAAACAAAACUAGUGACGAUUCGACUUAAAAAAUUUGAUUAAGCCUGCACAAGGACUAGAUUUAGGAUUUGAAAGGAAACACCACGUUUGCGCUAUUUUACCUAUUCUGUUCUUUAUUAAGUACUAUAGAUGUUUGUAUCGUGUGAAUCUUGUGGUAGCUCGCCUAUAUUACUGUUUAUCAUGUCAUUUAAAUAGUUUACCCGAAAUCAAGCCUUUUCUUUUUACGAAUAUCUAAAAUUUUUUUGUAACUUCAUUGCCAACCUAUCCUAUUUCUUUAUUGCAAUAAUAUGAGAAAGUUUUCUAAAUUUCAUAUAAACAGUGUUAUAGCCGGCCUUUAAAUAGAAACUAAAUAGCUGUUUAAAAUAACAUUUAAAGUCAAUGUUAUCAGGUAAAUAGAUGCAUAUCUUUUUCUCUAGGAGUAUUUUCGAAUGAAAAAAAAUAAAUGUUUAGUAUUAGGACAUUGAUGUCGUGAUAGCUUACCUCUGAUUGUGUUAAUUGUAAAGAGAAUAUAUUGAAAUUGUUUCAUUGUCAAACAUAUUUUUAUUAAAAAUAGGAUCGAUUGAUGUUAGGGAGAAUAAAUAUUGUUUUGGAUACAGACAAUACACUUAACUCAAUACAUACAAGUUUUUGAACACGGAAAUUGACAAUCCGGCAUAAAGUUUAUUAAAAGCCAUGAUACAUUUCAAAGAAACAGUCCCAUUUUCAUUGUAUUACUUUUACAUGCUAGUAAAUAACAAUGUUUCAGAAUUAUAUACUUUAAAAACUUACCUAAAAAUUAUUAUUUCCUAUAGAUUGCAGUGGGAAUGGGUUUCAAUAAAAGUAUUUCUGGUUAUAUCGACAUGGACACAAGAAAAAUAAGCACGCUGUCAUAACAUUACAUUUGAUAUUGUAACCAUUAAUUUAGUUUAUCCUUUCCUUUAAAUGUUUUAGCUUAUCUUUGGUACUAGGUACUUUGUAUUUACAUGGUUAACAUUAAAUACAUGUCAACACUACAAAAUAUUCUUUCAUUUCAACACAACCACUUCAGUACAUUCUCAUAGAUAUACCACCACUGCUAUUCAUGAUUGUUCUAGAACCACCUGCAAAUAAAAGUAAAUUUAUUUCCAGAAGUUUAAAUUUCUGUAUUAUUAAAAGUAUUAUUAAAAUAUCGCAAUACCUACUAAAUUCUUAUUCUUUCAUAUUUUUAUCAUUUGAGAAAAACUUGAUGAAGAUAUUUCAGGUCUACCAUCCGGUCCCAACACAACUGUGAUCAAAAUGUUGAACAAAAUUAUUUAAAAAAUCUUUUUUUGAUGUGAAAUUAACUUUUUUUUUAAGAUUAAUUUUUUAUUUACUAGAACGAAGGAUUUCUUUUAAAUUUCAAAUGAAAAUUAUAAAAUUACAUUGGUAAAUGCUUUAAAACCAAAAAAUAAUUAGCAUUAAUUGGUUUCAGUGGAAGAUCAUAUCAACGAUAUGUAUUUUUUUAAAUUAGAUAUAUUUUUUUAAUAAAUAACAGAUAAAGUUAUUUAUUAAAAAAAUAUACAUAUUUAUUUUUUAAUUAUUAAAUUGUGAUAGAAUAUUGAAUGAUAAUAAAACUGGCUCAUGUCGCAUGCGCGUAUAUUUCAGAACCUGAACUCCACUAAUCGCAUCUCCACAUAACACAAAAUUAAAUUUGACAAUUAAAAUACGUAAAUACGAGGUUUUGUUCUACUUGUUGCCCGUUAACUUAACAAAUUCUAGAAAAAUAUGAGAUACGCAUACAUUAUUCACAGGAUUAUUAACUCAGAUAUAUUCCUUUGAAAAUAAUCUGUUUUAAAAAAUUAUAUUCGAAGCGAAAUCAAUAAGUAUUGUCAAAACCUCGUAUGAGAAUAUAUGGUUGGCGAGGAAGAAUGUUAUUGUAAAUAGUAAGUACAAUUUAUCAUUUACUUUUUAGUUUUAAUGUAAAGACAAAGUUAUUUAUACGAUAGAGCUGCACAAAACGCGGAUGUAAAUUGUAUAGAAAUAAAAAUGUUUUUUUUU